ACUCCGUGGACAUGACUGAGCACGCUGAGUGUUUGCGAAGUUCUCCAAAUUUGUCAACAUCAUCACUGUUUUGAUAACGCCUGAAUCGCCCUCUUUUAAAUAUAUAUACAGCUGCGUAUGUCAUUAGUUAUUUAUCCGAGUGUACCUACGUGCUUCUCUUACGCGACAUUACUGAAAGAAAGGAUCCCGUGAAAGAUGAUGGCUCUUGUUGCCCUAUUGGCUACUCUACUGAUGACAUCAUGCGUGACGUCACAGAGGGAACCCAAGACCCACCAAGGCACAACAGAGAACAUUCAAUCGGUGUUCACUGGACGAUGCUGGGACUAUGACGUCACCAAGUACAACAACAUUCUGCCCAGGGUUGACGCCGGUUGUAACGAGCUGUGGGACAAGUUCUUCGAUGCGUUCUCCUUCAGCUCACCGUGCGAUGUCCAAAAAGCUAACUACGACUCCUUUUACGCACUCGCAGACCAAAACCUGCCCGAGGACAAGGUGAUGUUCUGGUCCGGCGUGUACACGCUGUCUCACAGAUUUGCCGAGGCCGGACACAACUACGUCACUCUGGAAGACACGAUCAUUGGCUACCUGGUCAACUCGCUCGUCUGGUGUGGCCAGUUGACAAAGCCUGGAGUGAAUUAUACCGCGUGUCCGGAGUGGUCAGACUGCCCACUGGAGGCCAGUGAGAGCUUCUGGGCUGGUGCCUCAGCCACGUUCGCUAAACAAGCAAAGGGGAAAGUGACACUUAUGGUGGAUGGUUCCAACCCUGACAAGCCCGCGUACAGGAGAUCGAGUUUCUUCGGUAAACACGAGCUGCCCAGUAUGUCGGACGCUGUGAAUGAGGUACAUGUGCUGGUCACACACACCCUGGACAAGCCCAAAAU